GAUUUAGAAUGGAUGACAGUGGCCUGGCGCAGGCCCAUGACUGAGGAAAGCUGCUUAUCCCUCUCUGGGUUGCCAUGGAGAUGAGCAGGAGGCAGCAGUGGCAGAGAGGCUGUCAGUGAGGGAAAUCAGUAUCAGGCAUCUGUGGGGGUCUGCAGGAGGGGAAGGAGGCAGGAUCAGGGACACGGCAGGCAGCAGACAUGGACUUGCAUUGCGAUUGUGCCGAGACUCUGGCAGUCGAGCCACCGUCCGGGAAGAUUAAUAAAACUGCUUUCAAAUUAUUUAAGAGGAAGAAAUCUGGGGGCGCCAUGCCCAGCAUAUUUGGGGUGAAAAACAAAGACGGGGAUGGGAAAGGCUCGAGUAAAGCUGGGAUGGUGAGGAGCAAGACUCAUGAUGGCUUAGCUGAUGUUGUGCUGGAAAGCAACAAGACGGAGGAAUCGAGUGGCGGAGGUGGCGGUGGUGUUGAUCAACUGAACAGAGAUAUAAACACCAGGGCUGUAGCUGGCCUCAAUGUUUCAUCAAACAGCUCUGUGGCUAAGUCACACAGUUUUUUCUCUCUAUUGAAGAAGAAUGGGAAAUCAGAAAAUGGCAAGGGAGAGAAUGCAGAUCAGAGGGCGGGCAGCAGACAAAAGAAAGGAUUGAAAGGGAUCUUCAGCAGUAUGCGGUGGCAUAAAAAGGAUAAAAAUGGCAAGGAGGAAAAGGGGGAAACAUCAGAAAUUCAAUCCAACCUUAUUAUGUCAGGUUCUCUGACUGCCAGCUUGGAAUGCAUCAAAGAAGAGGCACCAAAACCUUUGUCUGAGCCUCAAUAUACCACAGAAGAAACUAACAUUGAAUUGUCUUGUGAUAAAAACAGCGGAGAUGUGCACGCCACAGCAGAGGAGCCUGAAGUUAGAGAUGCUGGGGAAAUGCAGAACAACAAAAGCACACAAGGAGAGAUUCCUGCUGCCGCUGGAAACCAACAUGAGGAGAACCGCCCUGAACUGCCAGAUCUGGGUGUGGAAGAGGUUGGGACUGCGAAGGAUACGGCCAUAACAGGCUGUGGAGAUAUUAUUGCAGACCAGGAGGAUGAAGUGGGCAGCAGCAGUGGCGGCUGUGAGAAGAGCACCCCAGGGGCCAGCAAGCCAGGCACUUCUAAAAAGAACCCAAACAUGGUGGCCUACCAGGGAGGAGGAGAGGAGAUGGCAAGCCCAGACCAAGUGGAUGACACCUAUCUUCAGGAGUUCUGGGAUAUGUUAUCACAAACAGAGGAACAAGUCCAAGAGACCCAGGAAGGAGAAGGAGGAGGGACAAAACCACCUGAGAUCAAAAAAGAGAACAAAUGUGUUGAGGGGGCACAGGAUGGUUCAAUGGUGAAACGCAUUGGUCUCAACCAGAUUCCGAUUCAUCUCAACCACAAAGAGGAUCAGAAGAACAGGGAAUAUGAGCAGCCAGAGGGCAUCCCAAACAGUGAUGAGGGCUACUGGGAUUCCACUACUCCUGGGCCUGAGGAAGAUAGCAGCAAUAGCGUCCAGAAAGAGAGCAUCCCCAGGGACAGCUACAGUGGUGAUGCCCUCUUUGAUCUUUAUGCUGAUACAGAAGAAAACAUCACAGGGGUGCCUUCUGAUGAAGAAGUCACUUGCGUAUCACGCUCCAAACCUGUGUCUCCAGUAACAACCACAUGCUCACUUAAAACACCUGCAGGUUCAGUCAAGGACUCCAAGAUACCUAUCAGCAUUAAACAUCUUACAUCGCUUCCUACCAGCCACGGAACAGAUGCCAGUAACAGCCAUCACAUUGCACAUCAUCAUCCAACCAAAAGUGAGAUUCCCAGAACAAAAAUCCCUGUUUCUAAAGUACUUGUACGCCGGGUCAGUAAUAGGGGUUUAGCUGGAAUGAUGGUUAAAGCCACCACAUUCCAGGACAAUGCCAAAAAGUAGUUGAACAAGAUCUGGAGACAAAGAUGGACAGUGAAUUAGAGGUGGGAAAGUCUUUAUAGGAAAACACUAAUAAAAAUGUUUGCAGCACCUAAAGAAAGGCACCUAAAAGGGCCCCAUAAGUGUAUUCUGGGGGCUAGCACUUCUGAAUCUCUUCUUGAUAUACAGUAUAUAUAAAUACAAAAAUAGUCAGAUUCUUUUCAAGCACUUUUUAAAAUUUGUAUCUUUUUUCUGAAGCACUAAACACUUAGGAGGUCACUUUUACAUGCCUUUGUGGAAGCUGGACUUUGAUUAUGAACGUAAAAUGAGCAUCUCCCCUAAUGCAAAUUAGUGCCAUGAGUUCUUCAAGGGGCCAGAAAUACAGAAAGAGAUGAACAACAGGAAUUCUCCAGUACAGUUAGCUUUUACUGGUUUUUGGUUUUUUGUUUUUGCUUAAAUUGAAAAAUGAUGUCUGCUCUACAAUUAUGUGGAAAAAUGCCAAGAAAAAACAAACAGCCCAACAGGUAAUUAUUUACCUGAUGUACAUACAGCAGUGCUGGUCAGCAGCAGACUCAACUUAUUUGUGUCCAGUAGCUAAUUAAUGAGUUAGGUGGAUUUCUAUAACUAGAACAGAUAUUUUUGUUUGUUUGUUUUAUUCUGGAUCUGUUACAAUAUAAAUGGAUAACAGAGACAUCUGGCAAAGUUCAGAUGUUUACUUCAAUAUUUGUCUGAUGCAUAAAAAUCAGGUUCAGGGAAUCAUUUUACUAAAAGCCAAUAUAUACACAACUUUCACAUUUAUACAAUAAAUUACUCUUCAUGUGUAGAUAGAUGCAUAUUUUAACAGUUUUACUCAAUGCUACAAUUUUUUUAUAUAAAAAUGUCUCUGUAUUAUCUAGAGUUUAAGCAAAAGUUAGUUUUUAUAGCUAGAUAAUUUUACAAUUCCAAAAUUAUGGAACUUCUUUUAAGUACCUUGAACUAGAGCAAAACUCUGUUUUGUAUGGACUCUUGCUUCCCCAGAAUAACAAGUUUAUUAUGCUGAUUUUAGUAUAGUGACACAUUCAUCGUGCCAGAGUCAAGGUUUUGACAGCAUUGCCAUUGCAAACCUCUAUUUUCAGGGGUUUAUACAAAUUUACGCUGCGCUCAAACCUGGCUGAGAAGAAACCUAGGCUAGAGACACAUUUUUAAAUUAUUAUUUUUUAAAAUAUAUAAAAUGAGUUUUGGUUGUUUAAAGAAAUUUUUGGAUUUUCAGUUUGUCUUAAUAACUUCCAAGUAAUUUUACUUUAGGAAAGAAAAGAGACAUGGUAAGGUUAGUGAUCCAGGAAAUAGCUAGACACCCUGCGUGCUAUGAAAAAACUGUUAAUGGCAGAGAUGUGUAUUUUGAAAAGUGGCUCCUGAACAUGGGCAUUGACAACAUUUCAAAGAAAUUUCAUAGGGAUUUUAUGAUGUGCCUAAAGACAUAUUUUCAUGAUAUUCUGAAACAGCUCCAAAGGUCAUUAAAGUCUACUGGGUAAAUACUAUGUAUUUACAAAUAUUUUAAAAUCUGUAUUUAAUCAACAGACUGCAAGUGAAAUGGAGGUGUUGUUUCAAUGAAUCUGGAAAUACACAUUUUAAAAAAUUAUAAAAAUAUUAUGAAGAGAAUCCUAAAUUUAUGUAAGUGAAUCUUAUAUGACAGUUUGGUUUAUCUUCUCCUUUUAAUAAAAAAGAAAAUGAGAUAUACAAAAUAUAAAUGUAAAGAAUAUUAAGGUUGUAACUUGAACUGUGAAAAGCUAGGAAAUACAGUAUUAAGAGCCGAGUUGUUCCUCCAUUUACAUGAGUGCAGCUCCCAUUGGUAUCACUGGGUGUUGCCCAGGUAGCUAAUAAGGGUAAAAUUGAGAUGU